AUGGCACCACAUUCGCUAAGGGAUACUUUGUUCUUUGCCGCCACUUUUGGUGUUGCAAGUGCAAGCAUUAAAUUAGAGGGUCGUCAUCCUGGGCAUGUUAACAGGGACGUUGUUCCACGUCAGGCCAACUGCCUGCCGCCAGUUACUGUUACUGUUUACGCUUGUUCGACAUCCCUAUCUUCAAGCAUCGCUUCAUCUUCAGUAUUUGCGUCAACCAGUUCGGAACCUGAGUCGAUAACAAGUACAGUAUCAACUGUCUCCAGCCAAACGACUUCGAAUCCUAUUGCGAGCAGCAGUCUUCCAUUAUCACUUUCAAGUGGCGAAUUCUCAUCUACAUCGAUUCAAAUUAGUUCCGGAAGCCUCUCAUCGGUGCUUCCAACUUUCACUAGUUCAGAGUCGCUGUUAUCAUCGGUAUAUACAUCGGUUAGCAGUACAUCGAGCCCUGUCAUUGGCAGCUCUUCCGAGGUAUACAGCUCCUCGACAUCAGUUUUUAGCUCAGAAUCCGGAAUUUCGACGUCGAUUGCCAGUAGCGAUGCUGUGGUUGAGUCAACAUCGAGCUCUGUUGCUCUUCCAUCAAACACUGCCUCCGAAACUAAUGAUGUCUGGAGCUCCUUCGGAGUUGCUAGUUCUACAACCCAACUUGCUUCAAGUUCUGUCGUCUCGUCGUCUGCGUCUGAAAUAUUUUCUCAAUUGAUCUCGAAAUCCAUAGCAGCGCCUAGCAGUUCUAUUGGUUUUGUGCCAACGUCCUCCACAAUCAUAAUCACUAGUUCCGCUUUGUCAUCUGCUGCAAUAAGCUCAAGCGCUGUCUUGCCAUCAUCCCUCCCAGCCAGCUCAAGUGCCACUACUGCAGGAUCAUCAGUUCCUGCACCAACACAGGUUCCAUCCAUCGAUACUCCCGCUGGUGAAUACCAGGAGAUUGGUUGCUUUUUGGAUUCCACUUCCAAUGGUUUCCCGUUGAUUCCACCUCCCAUGCCCAUUGCCGAUAGUAUAGAUCCAUCAGUCAUUGAUACCCCUGGUCACUGCGCAUUGUUCUGUUCUACAGCCGACGAUGGUGCUUCAUUUAAAUACAUGGGAAUUGAGCCAGGUCACUGCUAUUGUUCAGAUGGAUUUGAUUUCGGUCAAGAAGAGGGAUCAUGUGAUUUCCCAUGCCCAGGUGACGAGUCUCAAUCUUGUGGAGGUUCUCCGCCAGUCCGGAGGCUUACACGUCGUGCUGGUCCUCCAUCCAUUGUCGCCUACCAACUUUUCCCAAAUGCCAUAUCUUCUUCUGCCAUCUUAACUACUUCCACCAGUAUUGAGUCAGUUAGCUCGGCCUCAUCUACAGCUGUACAAACCAGUAUUGACCCUUCAAUCUCUUCCAGUGCUGGUAUUGAAUCUUCGGUCACCACCGCCUCAGCUGUUCCCACGAUUCCUCAAAUUGAGAGUCAAUCCCUCACAUUUUCAUCAUCAUCAUUCUUUGCUUCAGAAUCCAGUAUUAUCUCUAGCAGUUCUUUCCCCAGCGCCUCAGCUAUUCCUACGACAUCCCAAAUUGAGAGUGAAUCUCUCACAUUUUCAUCAUCAUCAUUCUUUGCUUCAGAAUCCAGUCUUAUCUCUAGCAGUUCUGUACCCACCGCCUCGACUGUUCCUACAACUUCCCAAAUUGAGAGUCAAUCCCUUACCUCGGAAUCGUCCUUAUUCUUUACUGAAUGCAGCACAAUCCCCAGCAAUCCUAUACCCACCACAUCGACUGUUCCUACAACUUCUCAAGUGCAAAACUCCUCGACUUUCGGUGUUCAGAGUUCCACUUCUUUUGAAAUUCCGAGUUCCACCGCUCUCCCCUCUGAGCUCCCAAGCAGUACACAAUUUCCUUCAUCAGCUGCUGCCUCCCAGACUCCACCAAUUUCGUCGACAAUUCCCUCCUCAUUCUCUAACCGUACAUCGUCAAGUUCAAGCUCUAGUACCACAUCUACCUGUCCAGCAGCAACAAUCACAAAUGGUGGAUUCGAAUCUGGAUCUUUGGCGCCAUGGGCACCAAGAAGUGAUGGUAUCGCCAACGCCAAGAGUAACAUUGUUAUCAGGAAUCCUGCUGUUGCGCACAGCGGUGAACAUUACCUCCAAAUAACCAUGACUCAAGAUUUCCUCUCCCUCGUUCAGCAAAUCACAACCAUCUGCCCAACCACUCGCUCUCUUACAGUGACCGCCUGGGGUCAAGCCGCCAGAUCCCACGACUGCUAUCUUCAAAUCUGCAUCAACAAAGACAGCUACUGUUCCAAGCCCACAACUUUAAAGAAGGGCAAGUGGAAGAAGAACACGCUUGUUUACAAGCCAAGAAGGAACCAAGUCGGCAAGACCGACGCAAAGGUACAGAUAUAUACCGAGUGCAGAGGUGAAACUGAUGGUAUGGUUUUGAUUGAUGAUGUGGUCAUUACAAAGACGAAGUUAUCUGGAAGAGGAGUGGUGCCGCAACUUGCACUCAGAAUGGGAACCUUGAAUGAGUAG